AAAGCUGCUGGGUGAGUCGACAUGAUGGUGGACUGCUUUUAUAAGCCACUUUUACAGGACGACGGCGAUGGACAGGUAGAUGUUUUUGUCUGACUGCGCUCUAUUUGUGUUGUGGGGUUGCCAAGGGAUGCCGUAUUCAAGGAUCAUAAUCAUAUACUGAAAAAAGGCUGGAUAAAGACGUGAAAACAGUUAGUUUGGGAUCAUUUCUGAAAGCAUGGCAAUGUCCCUAACCCAAGCCUGCCGGAGUCUUGCCCUGUCUACAUGGCUGCUGUCGUUUUGCUUCGUGCAUUUGCUGUGUCUGGACUUCACAGUGGCAGAGAAGGAGGAAUGGUACACUGCCUUUGUCAACAUCACUUACCUGGAUCCAGUCACAUCUGAGAUGAAGACAGACAAGAGUGAAUGUGGCAGAUAUGGGGAGCACUCUCCUAAAAGAGAUGCCAGGGGCUUUGUGUUUAUGCCAUCUCUUCUGCAGGACAGACAGGUGUGUGACAGUAACACUAAAUUCCCUCUUCCCCAUCCCAACAUCCCAUGGAUAGCACUGAUAGCCAGAGGAAACUGCACCUACAGGGAGAAGAUCAGACAUGCUGCUGCUCUCAAUGCAUCCGCUGUGGUCAUCUUCAAUGUGGGCUCCAGCAACUCCAAUGAGACCAUUACUAUGCCACAUCACGGUACUGGCGAUGUGGUGGCUAUCAUGAUUCCCGAGCCCAAAGGUCGUGAGAUCAUGGCCCUGCUGGAGAAGAACAUAACCGUGGCCAUGCACAUCACCAUCGGCACGCGCAACCUGCAGAAAUACGUCAGCCGCACUUCUGUGGUGUUCGUCUCCAUCUCCUUCAUCGUCCUGAUGAUCAUCUCUCUGGCCUGGCUGGUCUUCUACUACAUCCAGCGCUUCCGCUACGCAAACGCACGAGACCGCAACCAGAGAAGAUUGGGCGACGCUGCAAAAAAGGCCAUAAGCAAGUUACAAGUACGGACCAUCAGGAAGGGUGACAAGGAAAUCGAGUCGGACUUUGAUAACUGCGCAGUGUGCAUCGAAGACUACAAACCUAAUGAUGUUGUCAGGAUACUGCCGUGUUGUCAUGUCUUCCAUAAGAACUGUGUGGACCCUUGGCUACAGGACCACAGAACCUGUCCCAUGUGCAAAAUGAACAUCCUUAAGGCGCUGGGCAUCCCGCCCAAUACAGACUGUUCUGAUGACAUCCCUCCUGAUUAUGAGAUGUCCGUCAGCGGGCCGCCCACCAACCCUGUGACAGGGGCUAGUGAGGUCUCAGUGGGCGAGAGCUUGGCGGUCCUGGACCCAGCUGUCAGAACGAUAGGCCUGUCACACAUUUACCACGAGAUGGACGCCUUCCCGCAGGUUGGAGAGAGCCACCACAUCGCCAGCAGUGAGCACCAGCCCUCCAUGAGCGCAGAUUCAGACACCUCACUCAUCAUGCCAGUGGAGCUCGUCCUGUCCGACGUUGAACUGCAGUCCAAUCCAGAACAGGACGAGGUGAAGUCCUGAAGUGCCAUAAACAGAGCAGGAAUGAAAGA